AUGGCCCAAGGUGAUGCUCAGUGGGAAACUGGGGUCUGCGUCUAUCUGGACAACUCCAAUAUAUUUAUUGAGGCGCAGAGACUGGCCGUCACCAGAAACGGCAACUCCGUCGAUCCGUCUGUGAGGCGUCGCAUACGAGUGGAUUUCGACAAUCUCGUGGCACUCUGUUGUGCAAAUCGGAAACUCGUCUCUGCUCUAGCUGCGGGAUCGAUACCCCCUGAGCUGCGCAAUCUCUGGUCCAGGCUGGAGGCGGCCACGGGGGCGCACGUUUCCCUCUUCGAUAGAAGAUAUAAGGAUUGCAAGGAACAGCAAGUGCCGGAGAUGCGCCUUCAAAGGGGCAUGUACAAGGAUGCAGCGAUGCGAGCACCUGGUGUGGCGGUGCUCGUCACUGGGGAUGGAGCGGAAUAUGAGCCAGGGGAAGGUUUUUUUUCAACACUCCAGAACCUCAAGUCUAAAGGAUGGAAAAUUGAAGUGAUGUCGUGGAGGCACUGCAUCAACCGGAAGAUGUUGAGGUGGGUGGAGGGAAAUGGGAUCUUUGUGGCACUAGAUGACUUCUAUGAGGAGAUCACGUUCCUGGAAGAAGGAAAGCAGCGGACAUCAGACUACAGGGUGCCUGCUCGGCUUGCCAAGCCAAUUGAUCUGAGACGCAGACCUGCGUACGAGGACUUCCGUCUAUAA